AUGCUGGAUUUUUUUUUUUCCUUUUCCUUCCUGGAGCAUCUGCCCCUUCUUAUUUCCGCGACAAUAGGAGCAAGGAGUUUACCAUCUGUUUCAAGAAUGGAGUCAAAGCACAGAAAUUUCCCCAGGGCCUCUGAAAACGGAGCGCUGCCUCUUUAAGGCUCCUCGGCUCCCGCUCCGGACGCCGCUGAGGACGACGCCGAGGACGCAGGCAGGGCUGGCUCUGCCGCAGCGACUCAGCCCCUCGGCGAGGUUCAGUUAGCCCCAGGUGGAGGAUGGGAAAAGAAUGGAACUGUCCCAGCUCCUCAAUGAGAUCAGGGCAAACUAUGAAAAGCUCCUCACCAGCAAUCAGAUAGAGACCCUGCUGGCCACCAGGAUCCAGUUAGAAGAAGACCUAAACAAGAAAAUGGACAAAGAUGAAGAGGCUUUGAGGGCAGCUCAAGCAGAACUCAAGGAAGCCCGACGCCAGUGGCACCACCUGCAGGUGGAAAUCGAGUCUCUCCAUGCCGUGGAGCGGGGCCUUGAGAACUCCCUGCAGGCCAGCGAGCAGCACCACCAGACGCAGCUGCAGGACCUGGAGGCUGUGAUCGGAGGCCUGGAAAAAGAGCUGCAGGAGGUCCGGCGCGGUGUGGAGAGGCAGCUGCAGGCGCACGAGCUGCUUCUCAACACCAAAAUGAGGCUGGAACAGGAGAUCGCCACCUACCGUCGCCUCCUGGAAGGGGAGGAAAUCAGAUAUUAUGGUUGUAUCCAAGGUGAGAAAAAAGACCAAAAACCUGGCACAAGCAGAGUGGGGUUUGUUUUACCUUCAGCCAUCAUAAAUGAAAUCUCUUUCUCAACAAAACUCCCACCAAAGUAUGAGAAUGAAAAUGUGGACAGCGUGACCAGACAGGCGGUGCUGGAUGGAAAUGUCGUGAAGGACAGCACUGAAGCGCACGGCACCAUUCAGACCGAGAAGGUAGACGAAAUGAUCAAAGAAUGGGAAGGCUCUUUCUUUAAAGAUAACCCUCGGUUAAGGAAAAAAUCCGUUUCUCUUCGAUUUGAUCUUCACUUAGCAGCCACGGAUGAAGGUUGCUUCCAGACUCAGCAGGAUAACCUGCCGGACAUCGAGGUCAGGCUCAUCAUGAGGAGAUCCUGCAGCAUCCCCUCCAUCAAGCCUCCGUCCGCAACCACUUAA